GGCGACGCGCGCCUUCCGGAGGCGGCGACGAGCCCUAGAAGCAGUGACUCGUGGGGAGAUGCCCCGUGGCGUCCGUGCUUAUGGACUCAAGACCAACCUGGGACAACAUGAGGGUGACCAUAGAAAGUAUGAACGGCAAGUGAGAAAGAAGAAUCGGGGUAUAGAGUAUCCAUCCUUCCCAGGAGAUGGGCCACUGCAGUGCAGAGGAGCGGGUAUCAGGACUGGAGCAGCAGCUGUCUCCCUCUUGGAAUCAUGGCGCAGGUGUGGAGAAGGAUUUCAGGAUACUUCUGGAACUCCGUCAUUGUUGACAGCUGAAAAGAAGACCAUUACAGAAAAGUAUCCUGAGUUAUCCCCUAGACCCAAGGAAGAAACUGCCACACCUAAGAGAACCAGUGGGCUUACUGACAUAACUUGGAGUUCCAGUGGAAGUGAUCUGUCAAAUGAAGAUGAAUUGCAGUUCAUUGACUGGGAGCUCGACAGUGACAGGGAAGAUGCUGGUGAAUGUAACGAAUUUGAAGAUGGCGAGGGUACUGUGGAUAUCUCAGACUGUGCUUCCUGUUCAAGUAGCCAGUCUUUGACGAGUGAUGACAGGCUCUCUGAGUUUCCAAAGCAAAGUUCUACAGAAAUUUUGGAGUAUUCUUCAGAGAGUGAAAAAGAUAAUGACUUGGAAGAUGUCCUGUGCAUUGAUGCAGAAUCUCCCCACAAAUACCACUUGAAGUUUGGAUCAGCAAAAUCAACAGAGUCUGUCUUGUGUACACCCCAGAGACAGACAGCCAAAUUUUUCAAGACAUCAGAAAAUUCAACAAGGAAGAAGUUUUUAAGAGGUGGGCUAGCCGAAAGACUAAAUGGACUGCAAAAUCGACAGAGAUCUGCCAUUUCUUUGUGGAGACAUCAAUGUGUUUCUUACCAAAAAGCACUUUCAGGUGGAAAAUCUAGUGUAUUAAUUGUGAAAAUUCUGGAGCUGCAUGAGGAAUGUACCAUGCAAGUUGCUAUGUGUGAGCAAUUAGGAGGGCCACCAGCUGCCAGUCCUUCCCAAGAUGUGACACACAGGCCUGGAACCAGCCUGAAGGUUCUGUUCACCAGGGAGAUUGCAGGACACCUCAGGGGACGUCCCCAGGACAUCAUCCACAUCUUUCCUCCCUGGCAAAAACUUACUAUCCCAAAUGGAAGUUGCCCUAUUAUUCUGAAUACUUAUUUUUGUCAGAAAGUUGUUGCCAAAGAAGAUUCAGAAACAACUCAUGAAAUUUACUGUCCAGACACACCCCUUCCAAGAAGAAACAUCACUUUGGUCCAGAUGUAUAGAAUUAGAGAUCUAUCAGACAAUUCAUCUGAAAUCCAGGUUAUGUGUAGUGGGGUGACCCCCAUGGGCACAGGCUGGACCCAUGAGCAUGAAGAAGCAAAACAGCACCUUGCAGCUGGCGCUCCCCCAAGAGAUUCUCUCCUGGACAUGGUGGAAAGCCAGGGAGCCUCCAUGUGGUCAGGAAUGGUCAUCCGAGUGGUGGUACAGAGAGUUUAUACUCUUCAUGGCAGAGAUAGCACCUGGGGCCAGCAGGGCAGCAGCUCAGGACUCAUAGAUCUGCCUGGAGCUCGAGUCUGCCUUCUGGUCCAGGAUGCCUGUGGAAUGUUUGGUGAAGUGCACUUGGAUGGCGCCCUCCUGAAGAAAAGACAGUUGGAAGGGAAACCUUGCAACCUGGCUGGAAUGAAGGUUCUGCAGAAGGCUACCAGAGCAAGGACAGUGGGACUUUUCAGUCUGAUUGACACCAUAUGGCCUCCUGUGAUGCCUCUGAAAGCACCUGGCCGCGGCCAGCCCUGUGAAGAGGUAAAAACUCAUCUGCCUCCUACGUUCUGUUACAUCCUCACUGCACUUCCCAAUCUGGGACAGAUUGAUGUCAUUGAAGAGGACCCCCUUUCCAAGCUUUACCAGCCUCCAGUUCCCCGCUGCUUAAGAGAAAUUCUUCAGACUGAUAACCUGGGUACCCGUUGCACUUUCUAUGCCAGAGUGAUCUAUCAAAGACCACAGCUGAAGAGUCUGCUUCUUCUGGAACAAAGGGAGAUUUGGCUGCUGGUUACAGACAUCACGCUGCAAGGAAAGGAUAAGAGUGACCCCCGCCUUCCCAAAACUCUGCCAAUCUGCGUGGCCCCCUCCUGUGUGCUGGACCCAGAGGUCCUGGAAGCACUUAUUGCAGCUGCUUCUCCCAGCAUCCUCUUCAGGGACGCUCUUCAAGACCAGGGUCGGAUUAUCUGUGUUGAACGGACUGUCCUCCUGCUUCAAAAGCCCCUUUUGUGUGUGGCCUCUGGUGCUGCUUCCUGUGAGCUGAUGGACCCUGUGAUGCUCGAUGAACUGGACUCUCUCACGCCUGUCAAUUCCAUUUGCAGCGUUCAAGGCACUGUGAUCGCUGUAGACGAGAACACUGCUUUCUCAUGGCCUGUAUGUGACAGGUGUGGCAACGGGCGAUUGGAGCAGCAACCAGAAAACAGAGGGGCCUUUUCUUGUGGGGACUGUUCCCGGGUAGUCACGUCUCCUGUCCUCAAGAUGCACCUGCAGGUCUUCCUGGACUGCCCCUCAAGACCGAAGUGCAGAGUGAAGGUCAAGCUGUUGCAGAGCAGCAUCUCAUCCCUGCUGAGCUCGGCCACCUGUGAGAAUGGGAGUUAUGAAGUGAAGAGUGUCCUCGGCAGGGAGGUGGGGUUGGCGAGUUGUUUUGUGCAGUCCAUCACCACCCACCCGACCAGCUGCAUUGGACUGGAGGAAAUCGAGCUUCAGAGUUCGGGAGGCACCUCGGCAGAGCGCCCGCCCCAGCCACAGGACCUGUGAACUUUGUAGUGUGGCUGCGGGGGUGGGGGUAGGGGUUGGAGUAGUUAUCUGUUAACUAUGGACCCAGCUAAUGUGCUUUAUGAUCUCAACACGAAACUUCAAUUUUUCUGGGGCAAAAGUUAUUAAAAUGGUUUUGUAAGCUGUAAAUCAAAAUGCCUCUCUCUACAAUUUUGGUGGGUUUUUUUUAUCAACUUCCUAUAAAUUCAGGAACAUGUUGUUGAAACUGAAGGUCUUUUUGCAUUUGCCUUGGGCAGUAAUAAUGUGUAAGAAAAUCCUAUUCUAUUCAAUUGUAAAGUGUUUAGUAUUUAACAGUUCCCCCCAAAGAGUAGCUGUAAAGCACAAACCUUCCUCACCCCUGUGAUUUUAGUCUGUCUGGCUGUGAUGAGUGUCCAGCAGAGGCAUCUUCUGAUUCAGUAUUUUGGGGAAAAUGCUCAGGGGAGCCAUGUCAGAGUUGAGAUUCCCAUGAAGUGUAGCUAAGAGGCAGCGUGUUUACCACUCCUGAGCAGAAAGAGGGCUCACCCCACGGAGCUGGGGCCAUGCGCAGACCUCAGAACCAGCCAGUUACCCUUGGCUUUGUUGGCAGAGAUUUAAAUUGCACUUAAAACCACGAAUUAAUUAGCUUUGGACACUAAAGGUUUUGUGUUUCCUCCUUAAAGCAGUAUAAUCAUGACAGGCUGGUUAAUUAAUUACAUAAUAUCCACGCAGCAGGGAGCCCAAGAAAAGGUGCCUAGGACCCAGUUUUCCUGGGCGGGAGGCACACGGUUCUAUUUAUUUGGAUUAAGUCUAGAAACUUUACAGUUACCUCCAAAAUGAAAUUUUAAGUAGCUCGAUGAUCGUCCUUUUCAUCAGCCACAUGACUUGUGCGCUUAGGCGCACUUUGAAAAUCUGAGGAAAGUGAAAGCACAGGCCAGCCGUGAAGCCCGAAGGGACUGGGAAAGGCCCCUGGGUCUCCUGAGCCCUACGCUCUCACCCCUCACGCCGCCAUCUAACCUUAGGGAGCUCCUGGGCCGAGCUCUGCAGGGGCCCCAGGUCGCCCCGCCCCCGCACCUCCCGCUGGAAAGCUGCUAGCUUAACCGCGGUUACUCAUCUGCAUCCAACUCAGCCAAGUUCAGUAAGACCUUGGCGGGUUUCAGGAGUGCGGACCCAACCUACGGACCAGCUCGCCUCCCCCACGGACACACACCUGGCCCCGUGCUUCCCCGGCGCUCGCCCUCCGCCAGGUCCUGGAAC